AGGGCCAGGAGGAGAUGCUUUUAAAAAACCUUCACUCUCCCAUCACGAUCACCUCACUCAAUAAAAGAAAACUUUCUGGGGGAGGAUCGGCCGUGCUCCCGGGGCAGCAUGGCGGCUUGUGGCGUUCAGCUUGUGUACAGUGAUCGCAUCAUCCAAGAUCAAGGGGCUUUAUGAUCCUGAGAUCUCACUCGCCGCACUUUCUGCAGACUUUACUCGCGCCACACUAUAUAUAAGUAUCAAGCAACAAGUUGGAUGGAAGGCACGAUGCAGGCUAACGCCGGGCUGCUGUGGGUUGUUGUGAGUAUAGUUGUGCAAAGUGUAAGCUCCAAGGAGAAUAAUCUCCGAGACACGGGACACUGUGAACUUCCCAAGUCGCAAAGGGAAAUGAAUUCGUUCCUCUGGACGGUCCGACGGGAGCCCCCCGCUUAUUUAUUUGGGACCAUUCACGUGCCCUACACCAGGGUCUGGGAUUUCGUGGCUGACAACUGCAAAAGGCCUUCCAGUACAGCAAUAGCGUGUACUUUCGAGCUGGACCUCACCGACCCCUACACCAUUUCGGCCCUCACCAGCUGUCAGAUGCUGCCCCACGGCGAGAACCUUCAGGAUGUCCUGCCCCGGGACCUGUACAGGAGGCUCAAGCGGCACCUGGAUUACGUGAAGGUGAUGAUGCCUCUGUGGAUGACCCCGGACCAGAGGGGCAAGGGCUUGUACGCGGAUUACCUGUUCAACGCCAUCGCCGGCAACUGGGAGAGGAAGCGGCCGGUGUGGGUGAUGCUGAUGGUGAACUCGCUCACCGAGGCGGACAUCAGGUCCAGAGGGGUCCCGGUGCUCGACCUCUACCUGGCUCAGGAGGCCGAGAGGAUGAAGAAGAGGACGGGGGCGGUGGAGCGGGUGGAGGAGCAGUGCCACCCGCUGAAUGGCCUCAAUUUCUCCCAGGUUCUCUUUGCUUUAAACCAAACUCUUCUGCAACAUGAGAGUCUCCGAGCAGGCAGCUUGCAGGCCCCUUACACAACAGAGGACCUCAUCAAGCACUACAACUGUGGGGACUUGAAUGCUGUCAUCUUCAAUCACGACACAUCUCAACUGCCUAACUUUAUCAACACCACCCUCCCGCCGCAUGAGCAGGUGACAGCUCAGGAGAUAGACAACUAUUUUCGCCAGGAGUUAAUCUACAAGAGGAAUGAAAGAAUGGGCAAAAGGGUGACAGAACUUCUGGAGGCAAACCCAGAUAAAAGCUUUUUCUUUGCAUUUGGAGCAGGUCAUUUUCUUGGGAACAACACCGUGAUUGAUGUCCUCAGGCAAGCAGGCUAUGAAGUUGAGCACACUCCUGCAGGACAGCCAUUUGAACAGAUAAGGACACAGAAGACUGGCUCGUCUUCAGGCAGUUCAUCACUUCCAUCAACUUCUUACACUUCCACUGAUGAAUCAUUAGAAGAUUCCUUGCCAGUUCCUUCCCUUUCUUCUCCAACUGUUGACUUAGAUGAUGACAUAAUUUCUCCACACCUCCUGAUGCCCGACAGCCUUAGUCAACUGGAAGAAUUUGGCCGCCAAAAGAAGCGGCAGAAGAAGCUGCCCAAACAGCAGAGGCAACGGCAGUUCAGCGAUCUGUGGGUUCGCAUUGAAGAGAGUACAACUGUUGUGCCAUCCAAUAUCAGAAUUAUCAACGGCUAUAUCACAGUGGAACCUGCACAUGAACCAUCACAUCAACAGAAGCAGCAUCCCAUCCUCAACUCUGCUGCAGCAGCCACAGUCCCAUCAGCAACUGCACUCCUCUCUGGGGUGGCCUGCUUAAUCUGGAGUCUGUUGUGGCCCUCCUGACCCCCUGAACAUAUCUUGACCCACAACUUGUUCUUUCAAUUUAAGAGGAGAAAACCUCUCAUGAGAUUUCUGACGUUAGAUGAUGGAGCUUCUCGCAGUUACACAUAGGAAGUGCCUUUGCCCUCAGCUCGGCAGACCCUCAAGACCUAGUUGCAUCAGGUCCAUCAGGUUCUCUGUGAUGACACAGGAGAGAGUAAAAUGAGAUUCUGAAGCUUGGACAGCCACAACGUGACAGCAUCUUCUUUUUGUAGAAGGAUAUUUUUCCCAUGGUGCUAUGGGGCAUUGUAAAUUUACUUUUCAAAGUUUAUUUGUUCACAUGAAUAAUUUAUAUUUAUUCCCCUUCAAACAUUAAGUUUUUGUUGUGUAUGACUCCAUAAUAUUUGAGAAAUUCAAAGUUUUACCAUAGUCUAACCAGAUAAGAUAAAUUUUCUACCAAAGGUCACCUAUCAGAUGGGAAAUGUAUAAAAGGUGCCUCCUCGCCCCAAUUGCCCUUAAAAGUCUUUAAUGAUCUUAUUGAUUGUUCAUUAUAUCCAGGAGCUCUGAAGACAACUGUUUAGGUUUUGGUACUAAAAACUCCUUUAAUGCAGGGAUUGAUGAAAAAAAACAAUUGGAUGUUUUGCAGCAAAAGCUUAGAUAGUCAAUCCACAGCUAAACCAAAUCCAACAAGUGGUCUGUACUCUGACCCAACUGGAUUUUCAGAUGCAUCACCAAGGUGAGAUCACUCAUGAGCUUCCAUUUUACAGCCAACAAGAGACAUCAAUACUGCCACUUCACCACCCGAAACACCAAUGCUUGUGUAGGACAGUCUGUAAGAAAAACUAUUUCAUUUACUGAGUUGAAUCUGCAUGUAUAAGAAAGAAUGGCUGCACUCAUGCUGGUAUUUUUAAACAUGGUUGAGAACUUCCAUUUAUUUAGCACCUUUGAUCUUUUCAGGAUUUCCUAUGUGAAUUGUCAUCUCUCUUGCUGAACAGAGAACCACAGCGAAUAAUCUAUAUACAGGAAUGGGCCAAUGACAAACACCAAGAUAAACAACUGGUAAAUCUGAUUUUUUGAAUGAUCAGUGCCACUGGGGACACAAAGAACACUUAUGCUCUUCAAAUGAUGCCCUUUAAGUCCUUAGAAAUAGGGAGGUGGGGUUUUGGUUUAAUAUCCUGUUUGAAAGGGGGCAAUGCAGGACUUCCCCAAUACAGCAAAAAUACCUGCCUAGAUUCUGUAUUCAGGGUUGUUUUGAGGCUAGAAUCCUUGAGUAGACCAACUAACUCAUAAGCCACCUUCUGCUGAUUCUAGUAAUUCUGAGGAUAAAUGCAUAUGCCAGUUGUGAUACAAUGCUGCAGGAACCCUAAGAGCCAAAGUUUGGUCUAAGCUGACUGUAAUCGAGAUACCUGGAGACACCUGUGAGACAAAGAUGAAGAAGUUGCUCAAGCUUGCUGGUGGCAUCCAGUAAACCCUGCUGGAGAGUGCCUACAAGCUAUAUCAGGCUAAGGUUAGGUAGUAUUUAGAUUCACAGGUGUAGAAUCGUAUGAGGGAGGUAUCAGAGAGAAGGGGGUUCGUGUGAAAACAUUGCUCAACCUGACCCUGUUGAGCAUCUUUAGAAGUGGCCUACCUAGAAUAUUAGGCCCACCCAAUGGUUUGCUCCACAAAUGUGCAGAGGGGAAAAUCACCCACCCCCCCCCCCCCACCACACCCACCCAGAUUAGAAACACCAUUACUGGGAUCGUCAGUGACCAGCACCUACGGAGACACAUCAGUAGAUCUAGCUUACCUAGCCUAGUCCAAUCUGCCUCACAUGCCAGAGAGGAGCUCCAACCUAUUCUGCCUGUACACCAAGAGAACUGGAGGGCAAGAAAUGAAUUCCUGCUCUAAAGUCAGUCAUUCUGCCUUCAGUAAAAACAAUUCAAUCUCUUCCUCAAUCAGCUUAGCUCCGUUAAUGACUAGGCCCUACGAAAAGGCUAAGUAUAGUGUUACAGAGGUCUGUCAAGGGUGCAAAUCACUGAGCUAGUCUGGAAUUCUCCCUGAUGCAAUCCCUUAAUAAUGAAGACUGAUGGAGUACCCACUCUUAGAAGAACCUAAAUGGAAUAGCCAAUCCCAACAAACAGGUUAUGACUCCACCAGGAGUCGGAAACUCCACAGGAAAUUUCGGCCUUUUUAAAUCGAGUCUGAAAAUAAUGCCUGGCCAUUUUAAUGGCAUUACUUGCAACACUCAACUUGAUCAGAAGAUCUGUCCUUCACAAUCCCUUUAAACACACUCUUCAUACAGCCUAUCCCACCAUUCAGUAGAAUUUCACAUCUCCCAAGUUCACAGGUUGUCCCCUUUCUUCUUUUGUGUGAUAAUUUUCUUACAGAACAUUUUUCAACGGAUGAGUGCAUCUGAUAACUGGCACUUCCAAGUCCAGCAAUGGCACUCCAGUCCAUCAUUAUUUAACCACAUUUAUGUGAAAUGUUUGGAGGAGCCCUCUCCCCAGUUGAACAAAUCCUCAAAUUGAUUUAAAGAUUUUGUGUUGAAUUUCUGUUCUAUUUUACUGCCCAAUUAGUUAAUGAAAAUACUUCCACAUAAUAUAAUGGUGCAGCACUCAGUUUAGGAGACAGCAAGUUAACUUCCUGGGCCUGGCGAAGCCCAUGACAAAGAGCACAAGUGCAUGGCAUGGGCUUGUUCCUCAGAGACCAUUGUCCAGCCAGACAAAUCUCGUAACAGGGCAAUUGCUAUUGACGGGAUGCUGCCACUUACAGCUUACCAUCUCUGCAGACUAAGUUGAACAAAAUAAAAAGGCAGCAGAUAAGAGUCUGCAAUGUGAGCUUGGUGAGUCAGUGUUGGAGAUUUCCCAGUGGAGUACGUCCUGGCUGAGACAAUUUGGCAAAUAAAAACAACUUGAUUUUCCUUCUGCAGAGCAUGCCCUUAAAUCUUGGCUUUGCCUCAAAGAUAAGUCAAUGAGUGCACUGGUUUCAUGCCAGCACCUAUUUGGAAACCAUCCAUUUUCUCCCGUUUCAUUUUCUCUUCUGUUUCCUCAUGUUCUGCACACUGUGCCCCUCACCUUUCAACGUCUUGCUAUUUUGUUUUCCAAUCUUUGAGUGAGAUCAAAAUGCUUUUUCUUUGUACUUUCUCUGUACACGCCAGUCUCUCUAAGUGGGUGGGCAAGCUGAUCUGGCAAUGGUCCUGCGUUACCAGGGAUUGGAAUAAAUAGGAAGAAGCCUUGGGUGGCAAAGUAGGCUCACUGUUGUCAAACCACCACAACUAGAGAACACCCAUGGUACCAGUUCCACACUGAUUUCUAACACUCAGCCAGAAUCUGUCUGCUUGUUUCAGCUUAAAGAGUUAUUGCCCUCAUAACUAAGUAAAAUUUUUAUUCUUGCUUUCUUUUUUGUACAUUAGAUUGAGCAGAUGGCAAGGCAAGAAUUUGCUCAGUUGUGAUUCCUCUGUGCAGUCACUCUCCAUUAGGCUCACCAACAAACAUACCAAUUAGGGGCAGGAGUUGACCACUUGGCAUCACCAGUUAAUAAGAUCAUGGCCAAUCUAAUUAAAACCUCAGCUCUGCAUUCCCAUCUAUCACUUGCUUGUCAAGAAUCUAUCUACCUCUGCCUUAAAAAUAUUUAAAGAUCCUGCUUGCACUGAGCUUUAGGAAGACAGUUCCUCAAAAGCCUCUGAGAGAAAUAAAAAUCACCUCAACUGUGUCCGAAAUGUGUGACCCCGUAGUUCUGGAUUUUCCACACAAGAAACAUCCUCUGCAUACCUACCCUGUUAAAAGUCAAGGAUUAUAUAUGUUUCAAUCAAGUCCACACUUCUAAACUCCAGCAGAUAGAAGCCUAGCAUGUCCAAUCAUUCCUCAUUAGACAGCCUACAAUUUCAGGUAUUAGUCUAAUAAAGCUUGGCUGAAAUGCUUCCAACACAUUAACAUUCUUCCUUAGAUGAGCUCAAUACUGUGCCAGAUGUGGUCUCACCAGUGCCCUAUAUAAUCAAAGCAUAACCUCCCUGCUUUUGUAUUCAGUUCUCCCAAUAAAGAAUAGCAUUCCGUUAGCUUUUCUAUUGACAUGCUGUGCCUGUACAUAUUGCCUUAGCCACGAAGAAUGGCUGCUUGAGUGAAGUGCCAGAGUGUUUCUGCAUCCUGGGGAUCCACACUCAACUGAGGUCUGGCACUUUUUGGAAUGACAGGAGGAUUUUCCCACAAAAACAAAAUACAGUUGUACACCACACGUGCCUUUUUCUCUCCUAAAAAGACACAGGCUGUGAUCAUCAUCAUCGUCGAGAUAUUGUGUGUCACUAAGGCAACACAGAUCCUCCGAGUCCCUGUAGCAAAGAUAAAUCAGUACUAAAAACAAAAAACUGUUCAACUGGUCUGACUUUUGCUAAUUGCUUCUUAUGACCAAAUAAGUAUUAGCUAUGGGAGUUGGGCGAUCAAAAUUGUGAUGUGACCAUAGAGUUCCUAAUGAACCUUUAAGUUAUCCAUUAAUGAUAUGAUUGCCAACAGUUCAGAAUUUAAUAUUAAACAAUUUUCAGGAGGAAAGAAAACUAAUGAUGAAGCAAUGCGAGAGCUUUACAUAUUUCAGACUGUCCUAUUUCAGCUUCCUAAACAUCCCUUAGACUAGGGUUCAGCAAGGAAACCCGAGACAUUAACCGCCAGGAGUGGUCAUUUGCUUUGAUUCUGGUGACUUCUAUAGGCGAUAAGUCAUUGCACUUUUCCAUUACUUGUCAUUCUUUAAAGACUUAACAAGGACCAUUACCAAUAUUGAAAUUUAAUGGUAAAGAACAGAUCUGUGCGCUCACCAAACAUAAAGACUAUUAUGAAUUAGUUGGUACGCAUUAAGUUAUUACAGAUACAAAAUAUUUUAUUUUUUUUCAUCUGUUUUGGCAUACUUGUAACAUAUCUUGUCGCUUUUCUCAGCACACUGUUGUAAAAGAUUCUAUUAAUGUUAUUUUUCCAGAAAUAUUAUUUUUUUAGUGUAAUGUAAUGCUGUAUUGUAAUAAAUCAGAAAUAAGUAUUAGAGUACUUGUAACAGCCAAGUCAAAGUUUUGCAGAAAAAAGUCAAGAUGGUGAAAGGAAAUGGAUUGACUCCAUAGUGAGGUGUUAAAGACAGGAUCUUAUAAAUUUAAUUCAAUGCGUUUAUAAAUAUUAUAACUGAUUUAAACAUUUUGUAUUCUUGUAGAAUAUCAGUACAGGAGCUCAUUCAGUAUCUCUUCCCUUUUUAGUUAUCUAUCAAUGGUCCUACUUACAUGGAGAUGUGGUUCAGUAACCUGUUGGAUUCAGGCAGGUUUCUUCUCUGUGCAGUUGUCAGAAGUCCACUAGAUUUACUAUAAUUCCAUUAAUGGACUAUUAUUCAAAUUUGGCUUGAAAGGCAACUUAAUCUGACAGAAAUAUUUUAAAUUAUUUUCUAUUUUAAAAAAAAUCAGACUUAACCUAUUAAAAUUUCUACCCACAGAAGCAGUUUGCAUUUUUUUUCCCAAUUAUAAAAAAAAUCAUGAAUUGGGUGGAGACAUUUGAUGUCCACAUUUUAACAUUAUGAAGUUUGGAAAUUACAUUAUUGGUUGUAUUCAGUGGAAAAAAAAAUCAGGGAUUCAGGCAGACUGAUUCAUUCCAUGUGGAAUGAUAGAUUGAAAUUAACACACUCAUGUAAGCAUGGCCAUAGUUUGCAUUAAUCAUAUGAAUGUAGAAGCAUACCAAACCUGAACAAGAAUUACUUUGUUUACAAUUUUCAUGUGACUGUACUUGUCACAAAAUUGUGAUUUUUUUGGA